AUGGCUGACAGAGUGACUCCUGAGAUACAUUUCAUCUUGCUCUUCAGUCGACAAGGGAAAUUGCGGUUGCAAAAAUGGUAUACCACUCUCCCUGACAAAGAGAGGAAAAAGAUCACCCGUGAAAUUGUUCAGAUCAUUCUCUCUCGUGGUCACAGGACAAGCAGUUUUAUUGACUGGAAGGAGCUAAAACUUGUUUAUAAAAGGUAUGCUAGUUUAUAUUUUUGCUGUGCAGUAGAAAAUCAAGACAAUGAGCUCUUGACACUAGAGAUUGUGCAUCGGUAUGUGGAGUUGCUGGACAAAUACUUUGGAAAUGUCUGCGAGCUGGAUAUUAUCUUUAAUUUUGAAAAGGCGUAUUUUAUCCUUGAUGAGUUUAUCAUAGGUGGAGAAAUUCAGGAAACAUCCAAGAAAGCUGCCGUCAAAGCCAUUGAAGAAUCGGAUAUGUUACAGGAGACGAUGGAAGAAUACAUGAAUAAGCCUACAUUUUAACUGUAUAUCUACUUGAAGACUCCGAGUGCUAUGUGUUUUGAAAUUACACAUAAGCAAUGCCUUGCAUCCGGUCUGGAUAGAGCCUCUGGCACCAUGCCAAAAAUAACUUAAAGGGAUACUUUGUUAACUAGCAAAAAAUAUAUUUAUAAUUGCUAUGUCUGUAUUAU